AUGUCAGCCUACAUUCUCGGUCUCAUCAUCGGCCUCCUAGCCAACAAAGCAAUGGCAGGCUGCAUGCCGUCUAAGCAGGCCGACUGUACGCCCGGCGCGCAGUGGUUGAACAAAUGUCCCAAAGGGAUGCCCAAAAAAUGGGCAUGUCUAGAUCCCAAGAUCGACUUUCCAACCGUCGAUUGCAUCGCGGCGGACAUCAUAGCCUGCGGAACCCUGGAAAAGAACCCGGCCCUCUUCUAUUCCUUUGGUGCCACCACCAUUGAAGUGCGCACGAAGGUCCGCGACAAGCUGAGUCCCAAGCCCGUCAUGUUCAACGACGCGUUGCCACAAGACUGGGACGACAAGGUCGCCCGGGAUCCCCGUUUUGGCCUGCUUCAAGGCAAAAUAGCAGACCCAGGAUACGAGAAGCGAUACGACGCAUACGUGAAUCGUUUUUCGGCGGCCAUGGCGAAGGUCGCGCAAAGAGAGGUCAUAAUCGUGACCGCGACGCGCACCUCGCGCAACACAGGCGAAGGCGCAUACUCACUGCCGGAUCCUCAGACGCCUGCAGAGAAUAGAUGGCGCUUGUACGAAUUCCCGGUCGCGCAGCGCAACCUAAAAGUGACGAGCGUGGUGAGCUACGCGCUCGAAGAGAAGCCACUUAAGAAGGUUGUCGAUUUCCAACCCGGCGUAAAGGGAGCUCUCUUGCCAAUGCCUACCUUUCCCAACCCUCCGAAGCCAGCUGGCCAGCGACCAGCUUCUCCGCAACAGCCAGCUCCUGGCCCUUCGACUCCUCGACCCAACACUACUCCCGGCUCUCCCAAGAAGCCUGCUCCUGGCUCUCCCAAGAAGCCAGGAUCUGGAAAGAGGUCCAAGCGCAGCACGCGUGCGGAGCGGCGCGAAGAGAUGCUGGGGGAUGCCCGGGCGUGA